GUCGAGAAUCGCCUGCGUAUUAUUAACUUCCGGUCUAAUGGCGUCAAGAAGCAAGCACUGUUGUCACAUUUUAGUCUACAGUGUUUCAACAUUUUUCUUUGUUUAUAUCAAUCGGGUUAAUACGGAAAUAAACUUCCAAUCCACUAGCGAUUAGAAGAUAUCUCGGGAAAGUGUUUAUCCACUAUCAUGGAAGUCCCAGGUGAUGAAGGAGCGCAAGCUGUCUUGCUCGGAGGAAUGGAAGGCACACAAUAUAUAACAAUACAAAGAGCAGACGCUGAAUCUCUUGGCAAAGGAGUCCCCUUGCUAACUUUAAACGGAGAAUUAAUUCCGGAAGGAAUGGUCGUUGAUAUGAUUAAUGCUGGCGUUGGUUCAGAAUAUGGCAAUGCAACCCAGUAUUACGAGACUGAAGAUGAUCUUUUACCUCAUGAAUUAACAGAGGAGGAUCGUACGUUAGCUGCAGCAUUGGUUGCAGUCCAGCUGCAGCAGCAACAAAAACAACAACAAUUGCAUAACCAGCAACAUGAAGAUCCUACUCUACCAGACGUUGGACAUUUGGACUCUCUUUCUCCUGUGAAUGCAUACAUCCAAACUAUACCAGAUCCAGAUCCACCUCCAAUGUAUUCAACGCUACACUCGUUAAAGAGAAUCCCUCAAAAUGUAAAGCAGGAGUUUAUCAAUGUCAAAAGCGAGUAUGAGAUUGAUAUAUCCGCGGAAAGUAGCGAAGAUGCAGCCCCUACUUCUGGGCCAAAGACAUCUUUGCCUCAUAAGAAGAGAAUUCCUAGAAAGUUGAAGCAGCAAUCUAAAAGAGUAACUGUCAGACGAAAUAAUGGGAAAUUGAGUCAGGACAUUGCUUCUGAGCAACCACCUGCUGAAGUUCAAAUUCCUGCCUUCAGAUGUGAAUUGUGUGGAUGUUCAUUUGGUGGACAGCUGAAGUUCUUUGAACACCUAAAGGCACACUAUGAACCAGUAAAACUAGAGUCUAGAAUUGCACAGGCUACAAAUACGAGUAUUACCUGUAUAUCUGUGCCAGAAACCGUCCAAAGUCUUGAAAAUACUGUAAUCGAAGAGUUUAGUGAACCUGAAGAUCUCAUGGAGGGUAUAAGGGGCGUUGUUGAGGAAACGGGAGCCCACAUUGAUGAAGAAGCUGAAGGCUCAAUAAACGAUGUCAAUGGGGGAUCAACCUUGUGGUCAAUUUCUGAUGUACCGGAUCAUGGAGCACAAGAACAAGUGGAAACAACUACAAUUAACGAGAAUGAUUUAUUGGAGAAAGAAGAAAAUGAAGUACCAGGCAACACCAAGAAAAAGAAGUCUCAGAAAAAUAGAAGAUCAAUUGAUGAGCUUGUAUGUCCUCAAUGUGGUCGAUCCUUCAAUCACAAGAAUAGUUUGGUAUAUCACAUGCGAUCUCACAGUGGCGAGCGACCUCAUCAAUGUGACGUUUGUGGAAAAAGUUUCUUUGCAGCCAGCGCAUUAAAGGUCCACAAACGGCUGCACAGUGGUGAUAAACCUUACAAAUGUGAUGAUUGCGGUCGUCAUUUUCGUCAGUGGGGCGACUUAAAAUAUCACUCGACAAGCAUUCAUUCUGAACAGAAACAGUUCCAGUGUGAAUAUUGUGGGAAAGAUUUCGCGCGAAAGUAUUCCCUAAUAGUCCACAGACGAAUUCACACUGGUGAAAAAAACUAUCGAUGUGAAUACUGUAAUAAAACUUUCAGAGCUAGCAGUUAUUUACAAAAUCAUAGACGAAUUCAUACUGGAGAAAAACCCCACCCAUGUACAGUUUGUGGAAAACCAUUCAGAGUAAGAAGUGACAUGAAAAGGCAUCUUAACACACAUUCUCGAGGUAGAUAUGAUAGGCCAGUAACUCGCCCGAACAUAACCAAAGGUUCAAUGGAAGAUGGAAAUAAAGGUUCCCAAGUCGGAACAAUUCAGAAUAGUUUAGUCGAGGAUUUAAAGCUGGAGGUCGAAGGUAAUGGAGUUGAAAUGGUUUCCUCAGAAGAUAAUCCUGAGAGUAUUUUGCCGCAUGAAGGUGAACAAAAUCUAGAUUAUCCUGUUACACGUACAACUGGUGGGGGCACGGACAGAGAUCCUUUAGAAGCAGAUGUAAGAACAUCUGAUACCCUCCAGUAUUACUUCAUCUAAUUUUGGCCAACCCAUGAUGUAUCAGAUCGAUGAGAUGAUGUGCCAAUCUAAUAGCUCUUAAAUGAAAGAAGUCUCAUCUUUUAAUUUCAUACACCAAGUAAGUUUUAGAAGAGAGCCAAUUUCAUAAUGCAGAAACGUUGUUUCCUCUCAACGGUCAUCACCUUGAAUUACUGGUACUUUUCAAAUACAAUCACAGUAAUCUUAAUUAGCUAUGUCCAUAUAAGUGUAAAGAAGUAAGUAUCUGACAGUGUAUGGGGAAAAAAUCUUGUGAAUUUUUAAAACAAUCUGUUGGUUUUUUUUUUAAUGUAUAGAAGAUAUGAUUUAUUAUUAUGAUAAUACAGAUCAAAGGAAUUGGUUAUGCAAUAUUUUGUUAUUGACAUGAUAAUUCAACUGGUAAAACUGAAUUUUUUUAUUCAUGAUUGUAAAUAGUCAAAUAAUUCUUAUUUUUGAAGAUGAUCAAUGCUAUUGCUUAUUCUCGCAGAUACAUCGUCAGAAAAAAAUCUAGGCUGCUACAGUGAGCUGUCAUACUCAUGAGACAUAUGAGACUUUCUCUGGUUCAAUCAGUUUUAGCUACUAUAAAUACCGCUCCAGAUAACUUGAAAAAAGCAGAGUCUGUUUUGCUAUAGAUCCAAUUACUAUAGUUUACGCGUACGUUAAAGGUCCAGGUGUUUUUACUACUUUUAAAUGAUGCCACUUACAAGGGAACUUUUAGGUACAUAGGUCAGGGUUUUCAUUUUUGCUCAUUGGGCGUAAAUUUAACUUGUCCAAUAUGGAUUCUGAAGCCGUUAAGCGAAUUAUCCUGGCAUAUUCCAGAAAAUCAGAAUUUCGAGUGCUUCAUAUCUACCAAAUGUUUGUGUAGAUACAAGGCAGCGAGUGGCUUAAGGGGGAGCGUUUAAAGUCUUCGAAUAUUGGACUGGACAGGCACUGGCACUGGACUUGAGCAUUACCCUUUAAGCCGAGUGCUAGCUUUGUGCGCGUUAACGAUAAGUGGGUGUAGGGGACCUCGAAUUUCUCGAUGUUGAUUGUCUGGAAAAACGGCUUUGCAAACUUACAUUUUUAAAAGUGACUUCACGUAUUAUGAGUAUGAAACAAAUUCAUGAUCCGUCUGCCUGAAGAUCGUUAGUCAAUGUUAUCAUAGAUUGAACUUUGUCUUUUUCAACAGCCCUGAGUUUGUACCAAUUGAACAAAAUCUAGGAUAUAACAAAGACCUAUGCUAAUACCUAUUUAAACGUCGUAAUUUAAGUUACAGUAGUGAAUAAACAUGAAAUGGUUUAUCAUGUUUCCAAACAAUUAAUUGUUUAUAUCAAAGUCAAUGUUGGAAAAUAUAUUUUUUACAUGCAAAGA